AUGGCUAAAAAUUUCAACAUCCUCGUCCUACCCGGCGAUGGCAUCGGCCCGGAAGUCAUGGCCGAAGCCGUCAAGGUCCUGAAGACGUUCGAGACACCCGAGCGCAAGUUUGAACUGCGUCAGGAGUUGAUUGGAGGAUGUAGCAUUGACGCACAUGGAAAGCCUGUGACUGAAGAAGUCAAACAGGCAGCUCUGGACUCUGACGCAGUGCUUUUCGCUGCAGUUGGAGGUCCGAAAUGGGAUAAUCAACGUCGUGGUCUUGAUGGGCCUGAAGGAGGACUACUUCAACUACGCAAGGCUAUGGAUAUCUAUGCAAACCUACGUCCGUGCUCUUCUACCUCGCCGAGUGCCUCUAUUGCCAAGGAGUUCAGCCCGUUCAAGCAUGAAAUUAUUGAAGGCGUUGAUUUCGUUGUUGUUCGGGAGAAUUGUGGAGGUGCCUACUUUGGCCGCAAGGUCGAAGAAGAAACAUACGCGAUGGAUGAAUGGGGCUACUCCGAAGCCGAGAUCCAACGAGUUACCCGUCUAUCCGCUGAAGUGGCACUACGACACAACCCCCCUUGGCCUGUGAUCUCACUAGACAAGGCGAAUGUACUAGCUUCUUCGCGGCUCUGGCGUCGGGUGGUGGACAAGACUAUGGCAGCCGAGUACCCGCAAGUGAAAUUGGUGCACCAACUGGCGGACUCCGCAUCGUUGAUUCUAGCAACGAACCCGCGAUCCCUGAAUGGUGUUAUCCUGGCUGACAACACUUUCGGCGAUAUGAUCUCUGACCAGGCUGGGUCUAUUGUGGGUACACUCGGUGUGUUGCCGAGUGCCAGUCUCAACGGUCUGCCUGGUGAUAAGACGAUGAAGACACGACCUUACGGGCUGUAUGAGCCUACACAUGGAUCUGCUCCGACUAUCGCCGGACAAAAUAUUGCCAACCCCGUUGCCAUGAUUCUUUGCGUUGCACUUAUGUUCCGAUACUCCUUGAGCAUGGAAGACGAGGCUCGACGUGUAGAGGAUGCGGUUCGUAAAGUGUUGGACUCCGGGAUUCGGACACCUGACCUUGGUGACACUUCCGUUCUUCUUCCCUCAUUCCUCUCCAUGUCUGAAAUCCCACCUCUCAAGCCUAGAGCUUCUACACCUUCACAGAGUCCUCCAGACGAGUCUCCAACGAGAAGCCGAGCACUCAACAUGUCAUCCCAAACCCCGAACAUCCCAUCUACGCCAGCGACGGCACUGUACCAUCCAACCCGGCUACCAAACACACCAGGAUCCUGUGCUCUACGUCUUGAAAACCUAGAACAACAAACCUCCGCUACGAAAAGCGAGCUGAUGGCAUCAAUCGCGGCAGAUAUCUGCGCAACAUUCAUAAGCAUCGCAAAGUACUCUGAAGAUGGUACCCUCCAUGCACAGCACACAGGUGUGAUCGACAUGGUGAUCCAGACGAUCCGCGACACGGACGUGAAGCAGCGGCACUUGCUUGAUCGACAGGUCCGUCGGCUGCGCAAAGAGAAGAAGUGGAUACGGAAGAAGUAUUCGCGAUUGGCUGGACAGGCGGAUGGACUAGGUCGCACGUAUCAGACUAAGGCGCGGAAGUUGAAGAUUGCGCUGCGAGAGGCGCAGGGGGAAGUGAUGCGUUUACAAAAUGAGCGGGAUAUGUUGCAAGCUUUUCUGAAGAAUAGGGGUUAUGCCCUGAAUGACAAUGUUGAUGGGAAGGGGGAGGAGGUUGAUGGAGAAUAUGAGCUUGCGGAAGAAGAUGAAACUGCGAAUGACGAGGAUCUUUGA